CCCGUGCCGUGCCGUGCCGGCUGUCCCGGCCUGUCCCGGCCUGUCCCGGGCCCUGCCCGGCCAUGGCCGCUGCCCCUGCCCGGUACCUGGUGUUCUUUCAGUACUUGGGCACCAGGUACAGUGGGGUUAUGGAGACCAAGAAUGAUCAGGCCCUGGUUGGAGUCCAGAAUUAUUUGGAGGCCUCCCCCUGCAGCUCGGUUACAUUUUUCUCUGCCUCCCUGUGCAUUUUCAUGGAACAUUUCUCAGAGCUCACAACCCUGGCUGCUCCAGCAGGAGUCUGGAAGAGGGCAGCGGAGCGGCUGAAGCCCAGCGCUCCCAUCAAGUUCCACAUCUCCAGCCGGACGGACGCUGGUGUCCACGCCCUGGCCAACGCCGCCCACCUGGACAUCCAGCGGCCUCCAGGCAAGGCCCCCUUCAGCAGCCAGCAGCUGGUCCAGGGGCUCAACCACCACCUCAGGCCCGAGCCCAUCCGCAUCCUCAGUGCCCAGCGGGUUUCCAGCACCUUCCACGCCCGUUUCUGUGCCCUCUCCAGGACCUACAUCUACCGCCUGCUGCUGGGCUGUGCCCACCAUUCCCAAAUCCCCGUCUUCGAGCAGGAUCUGUGCUGGGCUCCUGCAGGAGGCCCCCUGGACGUGGCUGCCAUGAGGGAAGCAGCGCAGUUCCUGCUGGGCACCCACGAUUUCAGCUCCUUCCGCUCGCUGCACGCCGAGGCUGCGGCGCAGAGCCCCGUCAGGACCCUGCUGCAGCUGCAGCUGCAGCCUGCACCCGGCUUCCUGCAGCAGCAUUACCUGCACAGUGGAUUGGAGUUCUGGGAGGUGAAGGUGAAGAGCAGAUCCUUCCUUUACCGACAGGUGAGGAGGAUGGUCGGGGCGCUGGUGGCCGUGGGGCAGGGCCGGCUGGCCCCGGCGCAGCUGCGGGAGCUGCUGGAGCUGCGGGACCCGCGCGCGUUCCCCCCUCACGCCAUGGCCCCGGCCGCGGGGCUCUUCCUGCAGCGCGUGGAAUACAGCCCCGAAGAUUUGGCCUCUCCCCCAGCAGAAGAGAAGCUCUGCGGGCUGAGCUGAGAGGAAAUUGCAACACCUGUAACAAAAUUGGACGCUGCUGGGUGAGCGUCGCUGUGGGGUGAAACUUCAGCUCCUGCCCAUGAGGGAUGGAAUAAAACUCCAGGAGUGAGGGAAGAGUUCAGACUUCACCCCUGUGGAGGGAGCAACUCCUGAGGGGAGCAAUUCCUGAGGGGAAUAACUCCUGAUGGAAAUAAUUCCUGAGGGAAAUAAUUCCUGAGGGGAGCAGUUCAAGAUGGGAGCAAUUCCUGAGGGGAGUAAUUAAAGGUGGGAGUAAUUCCUGAGGGAAGUAAUUUCUGAAGUAAUCAUUCCUAAAGGGAGCAAUUCCUAAAGUAAUCAUUCCUGAGGGGAGCAAUUCCUGAAGGGAGCAAUUCAAGAUGGAAGCAAUUCCUGAGGGGAGCAAUUCCUGAAGGGAGGAAUUUUGAGGGGAGGAAUUUUUGAAGUAAUCAUUCCUGAUGGAAGCAAUUCCUGAGGGCAGCAAUUCACAAUGGAAGUAAUUCCUGAGGGGAGCAAUUCCUGAAGGGAGGAAUUUCUGAGGGGAGGAAUUUUUGAAGUAAUCGUUCCUGAUGGGAGCAACUCAAGAUGGGAUCAAUUCCUGAAGGGAGGAAUUCCUGAAGGAAAUCAUUCCUCAAGGGAGUAAUUCCUGAGGGGAAUAAUUCCUGAAGGUUGUCCAGAGCACUCCUGGGUUUGUGUUCAGGGAUGUUUUGGGCUCAAUCUGUUGAAUUUUGGGGCUGGUAGAACCUGGGGCUGUUUCCUGGCAAGCAGCACAUCCCAGGAAAGGGGGAUUUGAGGGAAAUGCAGGAAAUUGCUGGAUCCAGGCAGCCCUGCUGGGCUUUUCCCUCUUUUCCUGCUGCCCACAUUCCACAGCCAAAUUUGGGGCUUCUCAUCCUGCCUUGGCUUCCCCAGCAAUAUCCCAGCAUUUCCAGGCUGGACACUGAUCCAUGGCAGCUCAGAAGGGAGCAGAUAUUUGAUAAAUCCCAGGAUUUAACUAAACAAGUUCCUCUUUCCACACACUCAGCCCAGCUCUUCGCACUGUGUGGUCUUGAAAUGUCAAAAGUUCUUUUUUCCACUCACAUUUGGGGAUGUAAACACAAUUAUCUGACCUUCCCUCACCCCUUUUCUUGUAUUAACUUCUGAGGACUUGAGUUUCCAUCCCCUGUGAGCCUCUGCAGAGGAUUUUGUCUUUUCUGAGGCACCAGAAAACCACAGGCCUGGCUUAAAACCUGCUUAGAACUGAGUUUACCCAACAGGAUCUGGAGUUUUGGUGUAACACAGGCUCAGUUCUGCUCCUUCACCCCAAAACUUUUGUAAAGGGCUGAGAGCAGCAGAGCAACAAAAAUCUGAAUUUCCAAAUGCAGCCAAAAAUUCACCCAGGUGCUUGUCCUUAAUUGGCCACCUCAUUAAUUACUGUUAAAAGCCCAGGCUGGCCUCUGGCCUUUCCCUUCGUUUUGCUCAGAGCAAUUUUUAAAUCUUGCUAAGAAAAUCGGCUCCAGCUUUUCUAAAUUACAAUCCCUGGGAAGUUCUGGUGAAAAUCUUGGCACUGUGAGAGCCUCAGAGGGAGCAUCAGCCCCAAAUAAUCCUUUACCUUUAGCAGAAAUUGCUAUUUUUAUCCCAGUUCUGGGCUUUUAAUCCCAUUUCUGCUGUGGAAAAUCCUAACAGCACUGGAGAGGGAAUGGUUUUAUCACAAUCUUUAUGGAAAAAUGUAAAAAAAUGGAUUGGAGGCUCCUUGGAGCUGGCCCUGAGGGAAGGAUGGGGAAUUAAAGAGGUUUUGCUGCUUGGUUAUCAGCACAUUUAGGAUUUUUUACUUUCUGUAGGUCCUGUGGUGCUUUUAUACUUUGAAUUUUAAUUGUUUCAGGCAGCACUGAGGAGAUUUUAGGGGAAAUCAGCUGUGGGAGGGGAGAACACUGAGUAACUUUUAUUUCAAUGUGUAAACAAGUCAAUUUUUGACUUGUUUAAACAUUAAACCUCCUCAGAUCUAUUUCAAAACAGGUUCUUGACUCCCUGGAUAAAGUUUUUUUCCAGGGGGGAAAAUCCCAGUGCUGGUGACUGUCACUGCAGGAACUGGACAAACACUGAAAUUCUUUUAUUAAAAGCAAGCAGAAAAAAGCAUUGAGAAUGUAAACAAAAUAAAAUCUGACCCUGUGAGGCAGCCCGGGCUGGGCUCUGCUCUCAUGGGGUGCUCUGGGGCAGCCCUUUCUUCAGCAGGGAUGUGAGAUAACUGCCAAGCUCUUCAUCCUAAAAGGGAUACAAAGAAAUAGGAUGAGAGCAAAAUCUUCCUAUUUGGGGCAGUAAAUUCAAUUUUGGUACCUAGGAGUGGACUGAGAGAAUUCCUGGACCCUGCAGGAUCUGAUGUGAGCUGUAUUUAAAAACUGAACCAAUCCACAAAUUAAUUUCUGGCUGUUCUGACAAACUAUUGCUGUGAAACUCCCAUUUCUCAAAGGACCUGAGGGGUUUCCUUUGAGGAGAAGUCCCAUUUUUGCUUGAAAUCAAGGAAUACACUGAUUUUAUUGCUUUGCCUUCCAAAGGCAUUUCCCUGCUGUCAAGAAAGAGUUUAAUAAUCCAGAAAGUUUAAUAAUCCAGCCACAGGAAGGGAAGAUGAUGGGAUGACUCAAAUAAAAGAAUGCUAAGAUCACAAA